AUGGGCAGGAAGCCCUCAAAGGCCGAAAAGUCGCGCCAGCGCAAGGCCGCACAGUCCAACGCAGCCACCGCGAACGCCAGGGCACAGGCGAAAGGACAUCUUCGCUCAGCACUCGCCACCCUCGCUCCGCAAGACCGCUACGCCGCCAUACAGGCAAAGCGGCGCGCAGUACAGCUCGAAGAAUCGGCCUUUGCAAAGCUAUCCCCACCCGUCCUCGAAAAGCUAAACAUCCUCGCAUCCUACGCCGUCCUCGUCCGACCCAUCCAGCCAAAGACGGCCCGCUUCGGCUGGCAACGCUUCGGCAAGGCAAGGUCAGACCACCACCAGCAAUCCGCAACCGACCCCCAACACGCCCAGCACUACCUCGACCACGCACAGAACCAUCCCCUCUCCCAAUGGCUCGCCUCUUCGCUCAGCGCCGAUGCUCCGAGCCAAGCCACCGACCCGCUCGAUGACGGCAGCAGCCCCAUCUCUGGCCUCUCGUCUGCAUCGAGUCUCCCAUGCAACGGCCCAGAGCAGGCGCAUGAGCUGCGCCUGCCCAAGCGGCCCCGCUGGCGCAGCGACAUGGACACAAAGACAGUCCAGUCAAACGAAGACGAAGUCUUCCGUGCCUGGCUCCGACAGACCGACGCCACGGUCGAGCACGCCUUCUUCACCUCGUCGCCCCUCUUUCGCGAUCUGCAGUCGCCCGCAACGCGCUCCCAAGCCCACUCGGACCCAGCGCCAGCCGCCGGCACCGAGCACCGCCGCAUGGGCGGCGCUCGCAUGACGGCCAACCUUGUAUCCGUCGACGAGAUCCGCGCGCAGCAACCGCAGCCCGACACUGCCAUCAUCGGCAGCCUCUACGAGCGCAACGUCGAAGUCUUCCGCCAGCUUUGGCGCGUGUGCGAGCGCUCCGACCUCGUCUGCGUCCUGGCCGAUGCGCGCUGCCCUCCGCUUCACCUGCCGCCCUCGCUCACCGCCUUCCUCGAGCGCUACAUGCGCCUCAAGGUCGUCAUCGUCCUCACCAAGGCCGACAUUGUGCCGGCGCCGAUCGUCGAGGCGUGGAAGGCGUGGCUCCAGCGUCGCUUUCCAGCAUGGUCCGUCGUGGCCACGGAGAGCUACGCCAAGCUGGAGCGCAUGGAGGGGCAGGGCGCCCGGACCAGGUUCGCUCCCUACCUCUCGCCGUCGUCCCGCUCCGCCCUCUUUGCCGCCUUGAGAAGGGCUCACGCCGACCUCAUCAAGCCGCCGCCCGCCGUGCGCGAUGACCUGCAGAGGCUCACCCAAUGGUCUCCGCCGUGCGCCACCGACGUCGACUGGGAGGGAAUCGAGCAGAGGGUGUCGCAGCAUUCGGAUCCGGCCAACGACGAUGGCAGUGACGAAGACGAAUCGCUCCGGCCCGCUCGAGCGGCCGACUCAGAGGACGAGCAGGAUCCAGCGCAAGCACGGCCACCGCCUUCCGCUAAGCAGGCGCCGCCGCCGUUUCUGACUGUCGGGCUCAUCGGUCAGCCCAACGUGGGCAAGUCUUCGCUGCUCAAUGCCCUGUUCGGGGCCAAGGUGGUGCGGGCGUCCAAGACGCCAGGCAAGACAAAACACUUCCAGACGCACUUUCUCUCGCCCUCGGCCAAGCCUCGACCUGGCCGGCGCGGCGAGAUCCGCCUCUGCGACUCGCCCGGACUCGUCUUUCCGAGCCUGAUUGGCAUGGAGAUGCAGGUGAUGGGCGCCAUCCUGCCCAUCAGCCAGGUCCAAGCCCUCACCAGCGUCGUCCGCUUCGUCGGUCAGCACAUGCCUCUGGAGCAGGUAACGCGCGUCUGCGAAGGCGAUGUCGACGACGAGGGCAGCGCGACGAAGGAGUGGACCUCGGUGGCCAUCCUUGAACGGGUGGCAGAGAGAUACGGCUGGAGGACAGCCAAGGCGAAUCGGUGGGACGUCAACCGGGCAGGCAACGCCGUGAUGCGUGCGGUGGCCGAGGGCCGAGUCCGCUGGGCAUUCAGGCCGCCUGCCGACGAAGGGCAAGAUCCUCAGACAAGCCCCAGCGUCGGACCGGCUGCGCUCCUCGACGAGGCGCUGCACAAGGGAGACGGCGUCUGGCUCGAUGGUCACGCCAAGGGAUUCUGGGACGAGGCGAGAGAGGAAGAUGUCCUCCUACAAGACCGCGACGGCGGCGAUGCGGCAGAGGCGCCCGAAUCGCCCAGCGAGGCAGAAGACGAGGCGGCCAAGAGGGUUCGGUUCGAGGGAGGCGAGGGCCACGGCAGCGAGGGUGAUCCCGGCGAUGUCGACGAGUCGGAAGAGGAAGAGGAUGAGGGUGCGGCUGCCCAGAUAGCCUCCAGCACGAGUCGCUUCGCCGCCCUCAUGGUCGAGGACGAUGCUGACGAGGAGACAGACAGCGAAUGCGAGGACGGCGACGACAACGACGACGACGAUGCCGAUGGCGGAAGCGGCGAGAUGCCCUGA